CCCGAGGCUUUAAAUGUACGUGAAACCAACCGGUUGUUCACAACUUACUUUCCCAAGCUAAGUUCGCACUAUUUCAUAAUACCUGCAAAAUGUCGCAAUUCAGUGGAACAUGGGAAGAUAGAGAAAUGGACCCAAGUAUGGGACCAUUUAUGGAUGCAAUAGGACUAGGAGAAUACAAGGAUAAAUACAUGGGGGCAAGAUCAACAGUCACCUACGAUAUAAAUGGUAAUAACUGGAAGAUCAAGUGGACCACCUCUCUGUACCCAGACAAUCCCAUGACCUACGACGUCCAGAUUGGAAAAGAAUUCGACGGAAAAGGCCCCGAUGGUUCCGAUGUAAAGACAACUAUAACAGUGGUCAGCGACUGUGAAACAAAGGAACACGAGGUCACAAAUUUCGAAGAUGGGAAAAACCGGGAAUUCAUCAUCACCAGAAAAGUCAAUGGAGACGUUAUGGAUGUUACCUGUGAAGCUGUAACGUCCAAGGCUACAAUGAAAGGGAAAAUGUACAGAAAGAAGUAAUGAAAUGACUUCGCCUUGCUUUCUCAAUUAGGUACAAGCAAAAUAUCAAAUUCAGCAAAUAGAAGGCUUAACUAACGCCCGAAUUGAAGCAUCACAAAAAUUAGAGCGAUAGAUGAAAACGGGUUCCUAGCCUAACAAGGAUAUUUAAAAUUUUUCACACUAAAAUCUCCGAGAAUAUUGGAUGAAUAUUAACACAUUAGGAUUCCACUAACUAACUAACUAACUAACUAAAAAAAAAAGUGAUGUGUGUAAAAAUAUUAAAUUACUGAAAAGACGAA